GUCUUCUUCCUCUCCCCUUAUCCUACAGUCGCGUAUAAACCAAUGGCUUUCUCAUCGUUCAUCGCCAGAUCUAGUCUUCAAACUGCUCGUAGUAUUGCCAGGGCUCCAUGCUCGAGACCAGCUCAAUUAUAUACUGCUCGUGCCUUCACAACAUCUUGGAGUCAUUCAAAGCAGGCUACAUCACCAGCAUCCACAUCAGUAUCUACAUCCUCUAACGAUAUUAAGCCAGCGUCUUCAGAAACCGGAGGAUCAAAUGAAGAGCCAAAAGGACUUUACGCCAAUUUUCUACGCGGAUUAGCUAUGGUCACUGGUCAUUAUACCGUCGGUCAAACUGCUAUGCGUUCUACACAUAACUUUUAUGAGAUCUGUGCGGCUCAAUUACAGCAAAAGCGUUCUCUCUGGAUCGAUACGUGUGGACUCCCGGAUAAUUUUCAAACGUGGUUUUCAGUGACGCAUUUGCAUGUAUGGUUAUUGAUGGUCCGUAUUCGAGCCGAAAAGAAUGGAAAGGUCUUUCAACAGCAGCUUGUCAACCACUUUUUCCAUGACAUUGAGGACCGUAUGAGAUACAAUCACAAGAUUUCAUCCGGUCGUAUCAUCACCACAUAUAUGCACGAUUUCUUGGCACAGUUCCAUGGAGGUGUGUUAGCAUACGAUGAGGGGAUGUGCAAGGAUGAUCCCAUCAUGGCUGCGGCACUCUGGAGAAAUCUAUUCACAUCCCAUGGUAAUCCUGCUCAGAUUGCAUUGCUGGUGGAUUACAUUCGCCAUGAACUACAGGUGCUGGAUAAUAUCAGCUCGGAAGAUUUCCUGGAAUCCCGUAAUUUGUUUGGUACACAGGCACCCGCUUUGCGAGGAGUUCCUGGAAAGUAGACUAUGUUUAAGAAUAAAACAAUGUGUAG